GUGGCCCGGGAGGGACAUCUGGGAACGUGGUGACCCCGGGGGGCGGCGCGGGGCCGGCACUCGCGGGGCACUGCCUGGGAGGCAGUGCCAGGUGGCCCGGUGUCUCUCGGGCGAGGAGGGGGGUGGCCGCGGGAGAGGCGAGCUUUGCGGCCGGCCCGCGGGGAGGAGGCGCGGGAGGCGUGACAGGGCGUCCCCGGGACCCCGGCGGCGGCGCCUCCUCCCGCCCGGGCCCAGAUCCCGCGUGAGCUGGCCCCGCGCCCCGCGUCCCCGAGCCCAAUCCCGUUGGCUGGCGCGUCCGGGCGGCGGCAGCCUCGGGGCCCGCAGCCCGGAGCGCAGCGCCCAGCGGGCCAGGUGCGGGGCAGGGAGGAUGCAGACUCGGCGCUCGAGAGCCGAGGAGGGCGGGCCAGGUCGGGGCCGCGGCGGGCGGGCGGGCGCGGGGCGCGUGCGGAGUGCUGGCGGCGGCUCCCGGGAGGACGGCUGGGCCGGGGACGUCGGGGGAGCGGCCUGCGACGGGGAGCGCCCCGGAGGCCGGCGGCUCACUUUCCUUCGUGGCCUCUUCCAAAAUCAAGUCGCCAGAUUCGGGUUUCGCAAAAACGAUGAAAUGAAAGCUAUGGAUGUUUUGCCAAUUUUAAAGGAAAAAGUUGCAUACCUUUCAGGUGGCAGAGAUAAGCGCGGGGGUCCCAUCCUAACCUUCCCGGCCCGCAGCAAUCAUGACAGGAUACGGCAGGAGGACCUCCGGAGGCUCAUUUCCUACCUGGCCUGUAUCCCCAGUGAAGAAGUCUGCAAGCGAGGAUUCACGGUGAUCGUGGACAUGCGUGGGUCCAAGUGGGACUCUAUCAAGCCUCUGCUGAAGAUAUUGCAGGAGUCCUUCCCCUGCUGCAUUCACGUUGCACUGAUAAUCAAGCCAGACAACUUUUGGCAGAAACAGAGGACUAAUUUUGGCAGUUCUAAAUUUGAAUUUGAGACAAAUAUGGUCUCUUUAGAAGGCCUUACCAAAGUAGUUGACCCUUCUCAGCUAACGCCCGAAUUUGACGGCUGCCUGGAAUACAACCAUGAAGAAUGGAUUGAAAUCCGAGUUGCUUUUGAAGACUACAUUAGCAAUGCCACCCACAUGCUGUCUCGGCUGGAGGAACUUCAGGACAUCCUAGCUAAGAAGGAGUUGCCUCAGGAUUUGGAGGGGGCUCGGAAUAUGAUCGAGGAACAUUCCCAGCUGAAGAAGAAGGUGAUUAAGGCCCCCAUAGAGGACUUGGAUUUAGAGGGACAGAAGCUGCUGCAGAGGAUUCAGAGCAGUGACAGCUUUCCCAAGAAGAACUCGGGGUCAGGCAAUGCAGACCUGCAGAGCCUCUUGCCCAAGGUGUCCGCCAUGCUGGACAGGCUGCAUUCAACGCGGCAGCACCUGCAUCAGAUGUGGCACGUGAGGAAGCUGAAGCUGGACCAGUGCUUUCAGCUGAGGCUGUUUGAACAGGAUGCUGAGAAGAUGUUUGACUGGAUCACGCACAACAAGGGCCUGUUUCUGAACAGCUACACUGAGAUUGGGACCAGCCAUCCUCAUGCAAUGGAGCUUCAGACACAGCACAACCACUUUGCCAUGAACUGCAUGAACGUGUACGUGAACAUAAACCGCAUCAUGUCGGUGGCCAACCGCCUGGUGGAGUCGGGCCACUACGCCUCCCAGCAGAUCAAGCAGAUCGCCAGUCAGCUGGAGCAGGAGUGGAAGGCGUUCGCGGCCGCCCUGGACGAGCGCAGCACCUUGCUGGACAUGUCGUCCGUCUUCCACCAGAAGGCCGAGAAGUAUAUGAGCAACGUGGACUCGUGGUGCAAAGCCUGUGGGGAGGUGGACCUUCCCUCCGAGCUGCAGGACCUAGAGGAUGCCAUUCAUCAUCACCAGGGAAUAUACGAGCACAUCACCCUUGCUUACUCUGAGGUGAGCCAGGACGGGAAGUCACUCCUUGACAAGCUCCAGCGGCCCCUGACUCCCGGCAGCUCCGAUUCCCUCACGGCCUCCGCCAACUACUCCAAGGCUGUGCACCACGUUCUCGACGUCAUCCACGAGGUGCUGCACCACCAGCGGCAGCUCGAGAACAUCUGGCAGCACCGCAAGGUCCGGCUCCACCAGAGGCUGCAGCUGUGCGUUUUCCAGCAGGAUGUUCAGCAGGUGCUGGACUGGAUUGAGAACCAUGGAGAAGCAUUUCUGAGCAAACAUACAGGUGUGGGGAAAUCUCUCCAUCGGGCCAGAGCUUUGCAGAAACGUCAUGAAGAUUUUGAAGAAGUAGCACAGAACACAUACACCAAUGCGGAUAAAUUACUAGAAGCAGCAGAACAGCUGGCUCAGACUGGGGAAUGUGACCCGGAAGAGAUCUAUCAGGCCGCCCAUCAGCUCGAGGACCGGAUACAAGAUUUUGUUCGGCGAGUUGAGCAGCGGAAGAUCCUCCUGGACAUGUCGGUGUCCUUUCACACCCACGUGAAAGAGCUGUGGACAUGGCUGGAGGAGCUGCAGAAGGAGCUGCUGGACGACGUGUACGCCGAGUCAGUGGAGGCCGUGCAGGACCUCAUCAAGCGCUUCGGGCAGCAGCAGCAGACCACCCUGCAGGUGACCGUGAACGUGAUCAAGGAAGGGGAGGACCUCAUCCAGCAGCUGAGGGACUCCGCCAUCUCCAGCAACAAGACCCCACACAACAGCUCCAUCAGCCACAUCGAGACGGUGCUGCAGCAGCUGGACGAGGCCCAGGCCCAGAUGGAGGAGCUCUUCCAGGAGCGCAAGAUCAAGCUCGAGCUCUUCCUGCAGCUGCGCAUAUUCGAGAGGGAUGCCAUCGACAUCAUCUCAGACCUUGAGUCCUGGAACGACGAGCUUUCUCAGCAAAUGAAUGACUUUGACACGGAGGACCUCACAAUAGCAGAGCAGCGCCUGCAGCACCACGCGGACAAGGCUCUGACCAUGAAUAACCUGACCUUCGACGUCAUCCACCAGGGGCAGGACCUCCUGCAGUAUGUCAACGAAGUGCAGGCCUCCGGCGUGGAGCUGCUUUGCGACAGAGAUGUAGACAUGGCUACCCGGGUCCAGGACUUGCUGGAGUUUCUCCACGAGAAGCAGCAGGAGCUGGAUUUAGCAGCCGAGCAGCAUCGGAAGCACCUGGAGCAGUGUGUGCAGCUCCGCCACCUGCAGGCCGAAGUGAAGCAGGUGCUGGGCUGGAUCCGCAACGGAGAGUCAAUGCUGAACGCCGGCCUCAUCACGGCCAGCUCGCUGCAGGAGGCGGAGCAGCUGCAGAGAGAGCACGAGCAGUUCCAGCACGCCAUCGAGAAGACCCACCAGAGCGCGCUGCAGGUGCAGCAGAAGGCGGAGGUCAUGCUGCAGGCCAACCACUACGACGUGGACAUGAUCCGCGACUGCGCCGAGAAGGUGGCCUCGCACUGGCAGCAGCUGAUGCUCAGGAUGGAGGACCGGCUGAAGCUGGUGAACGCGUCCGUGGCCUUCUACAAGACCUCGGAGCAGGUCUGCAGCGUCCUCGAGAGCCUGGAGCAGGAGUACAAGAGAGAAGAGGACUGGUGUGGAGGGGCCGACAAGCUGGGCCCCAAUUCCGAGACGGACCACGUCACCCCAAUGAUCAGCAAGCACCUUGAGCAGAAGGAAGCGUUCCUGAAGGCUUGCACGCUUGCUAGGAGGAAUGCAGAUGUCUUCCUGAAAUACCUGCACAGGAACAGCGUGAACAUGCCUGGAAUGGUGACACAUAUCAAAGCCCCUGAACAGCAAGUGAAAAAUAUCUUGAAUGAACUCUUCCAGCGGGAGAACAGGGUGUUGCAUUACUGGACCAUGAGGAAGCGGCGGCUGGACCAGUGCCAGCAGUACGUGGUCUUUGAGCGAAGCGCCAAGCAGGCUUUGGAGUGGAUCCAUGACAGUGGGGAGUUCUACCUUUCCACACACACCUCCACGGGUUCGAGUAUCCAGCACACCCAGGAGCUGCUAAAGGAGCACGAGGAGUUCCAGAUCACGGCAAAGCAAACCAAAGAGAGAGUGAAGCUAUUGAUACAGCUGGCUGAUGGCUUUUGUGAAAAGGGGCAUGCCCAUGCAGCAGAGAUAAAAAAAUGUGUCACUGCCGUGGAUAAGAGGUACAGAGAUUUCUCUCUGCGGAUGGAGAAGUACAGGACCUCUUUGGAGAAAGCCCUGGGGAUUUCUUCAGAUUCCAACAAAUCGAGUAAAAGUCUUCAGCUAGAUAUCAUUCCGGCCAGUAUCCCCGGGUCAGAGGUGAAACUCCGUGAUGCCGCUCAUGAACUUAAUGAAGAAAAACGGAAAUCUGCCCGCAGGAAAGAGUUCAUAAUGGCUGAGCUAAUUCAAACUGAAAAGGCUUACGUAAGAGACCUCCGGGAGUGUAUGGAUACCUACCUGUGGGAAAUGACCAGUGGUGUGGAGGAGAUCCCGCCUGGCAUUGUGAACAAAGAGCUCAUUAUCUUCGGGAACAUGCAGGAAAUCUAUGAGUUUCACAAUAACAUAUUCCUAAAAGAGCUGGAAAAAUAUGAACAGUUGCCAGAGGACGUUGGACAUUGCUUUGUAACUUGGGCAGACAAGUUUCAGAUGUAUGUCACAUAUUGCAAAAAUAAGCCUGAUUCUACUCAGCUGAUAUUAGAGCAUGCAGGAUCCUACUUUGAUGAGAUACAACAGCGGCACGGAUUAGCCAAUUCCAUCUCUUCCUACCUUAUUAAACCUGUUCAGCGAAUAACAAAGUAUCAGCUCCUUUUAAAAGAGCUGCUCACGUGCUGCGAGGAGGGGAAGGGGGAGAUUAAGGACGGCCUGGAGGUGAUGCUCAGCGUGCCAAAGCGGGCCAACGACGCCAUGCACCUGAGCAUGCUGGAAGGGUUUGAUGAAAACAUUGAGUCUCAGGGAGAACUCAUCCUGCAGGAAUCCUUCCAAGUGUGGGACCCAAAAACCUUAAUUCGAAAGGGUCGAGAACGGCACCUCUUCCUUUUUGAAAUGUCCUUAGUGUUUAGUAAAGAAGUGAAAGAUUCCAGUGGCAGAAGCAAGUACCUUUAUAAAAGCAAAUUGUUUACCUCAGAGUUGGGUGUCACAGAACACGUUGAAGGAGAUCCUUGCAAAUUUGCACUGUGGGUGGGGAGGACGCCAACUUCAGAUAAUAAAAUUGUCCUUAAGGCCUCCAGUAUAGAAAACAAGCAGGACUGGAUCAAGCACAUCCGGGAGGUGAUCCAGGAAAGGACCAUUCACCUGAAAGGCGCCCUGAAGGAGCCCAUUCACAUCCCCAAAACAGCUCCGGCAACGAGACAGAAGGGGAGGAGGGAUGGAGAGGAUGUGGACAGCCAAGGAGAUGGCAGCAGCCAGCCUGAUACGAUUUCAAUCGCGUCCCGGACAUCUCAGAACACGCUGGACAGCGAUAAGAAUCCACAAACCUACGAAAUAAACUGCUGGGAGAAGUUGGAACCCUGGGCUUACGUGAUGCACAGGUGACCAGAGUCCCCUGUACAAGCCGGUGGAGGCAUUGAUGUCCGCAGUCCGCAGUUCCUACUGAGAUGAGCCCCUCUUCUGUUCUUUUUCUGGAAGGCUAGACCAAGCUCUUAAAGCAAGUUUUUGACAGCAAGUAGGGGUUUCAUUGAAGUUGCCAUUGGUCCAGAAUUCCUGGGUUUCUCAGUGCCUGGCACGGUUGGACUUCCCCGCGAGAGGCCUUAGUCCCGAGGGGAUGGAGAGGUCUGCCUUUGCACGGUGUCUCCGCAGCCACUCGCUGUCCUGACCUCCCGUCACUGGAGACGGCCGCUGUCACAGGAGGGGGCCCAGUCGCGGGGUUUGCUUCAGGCGGCAAGUCUGGGUCCCAGGCUUCGGUCUUUUCUCACUUGCUUUUGCAGGAUUCACGGUGUUGAAUGUUGUUUCCAGGACAGAAGUAAGUAGGUUUAAAAAUACUGGUUUCCUACACUGAUUUCAUUUUCAGAAUCCUUCUAAUUUGAGUAAUUAGCUCUUUCUCAACCUCCUUUUUGACUUCACUCAAUAAUAAGUCCUACAACUUACAAUGCUUAGAGUAACAGUACUGCAGAACAAAAACAAUGUCUCGUUUGAUUUUGUUCGGAGCUCAGUGUAUUACGUUCAGCAAAUAUUUCUCGCCAGUAGUAAUAAUGAGGAAUAAGAUAAAUGACAUGUUCAGUCAUCUGGUCCCUAAUAGCCUCUUUCCCCGAGGCACCCCCCCCCCAUAGUCAUUCAGUGAAGAAAAUAAAGUUUGAACUUGGAAACAUUUCAUUAGAGUAAUCCCAAUUAUUUUCUUUUAAAAAAGUAGUAAUUGAGGUGACUGGGUUAUCUUAAUAGUUACACAAGACUUCCACCUGAAGGAAAAGUCCACAGUAAUCGUGGCUCCCACCAAGGGGACCAAUUCACAGCCUCGCCGAGGCUGAGCAUUGCCGCCCCAGCUGGAGGUCCACCGAGCCCCAAACUCACAGUCUUACCCGAUGUCCUCCCAUGGAUCUGGUCUGGGUUUACCUGAGUUUAAAAGUUUAUUUAAAAAACAGGUUAUUUGAAUGAAAUUGCCAGAGAAAAAUAAAUGUAAAAAGUUCUGUCUUUUGGAAGGGGUGUUAAGAUUUUUCUAGUGGUUGGCCCAAGAAGAAAGGGUGGCUUUGCUUCUUGGGUGGCUUAUGUAUAAGUGGGUGGUGGUGGGAGUCUGGAAACGCCCCGUGCAUCUGAGAAGGGGCUCCGGGCUCUCCAGCCCCCGGCUCUGAGAUGGGCUGCCUGGUGUCGGGUUGUGCCUCUGGCCCACAGAGAACCGUGUGCUAGUGCCCCCGGGCGCCCUGUCCCCUGACACUGGGGGCUGGCAGCUGCGGGGCGCCGACUGGGACUCACAGGAGGUUUGCCCCAGAGAGAGGGCUCUGCCCUGGAGUUAGGAAGAGGCAACUAGUUCUACUUCGAAUCUAUUAUAGCAAAAUAGGCUUAUGUGAACUUGGAUUUGAGUCUGUACAACUCCUGUAGAAAAAUAAGGCAUUAUCCUAGGAACUGUUGCUUUUAAGACGACACAUUGUGUACCCAGUGAGAGAGAAGGGAUACAUCACUAACAACAGUAUAGGUUUGAGGAAAUUAAUCAUUUUACACUGGGAAUCUACUGGGGUAUUAGAAUUAUUAAAGAACUGCCUCUUAAAUAUUUUAUCUGUGAAGGUAACUCACCAGUUUCUGUUUACCUCAUCUCAUACCUUACCACCGAACUUCAUUCCAUAGCUCAGAAAUCCCACCAGGGCCCCUUCUGCAGGUGCCGCCUUGCCUGUGCUCCCGGGUGAAGCUGUGAUAGCAGCCUGUCACUCAGCCGCUCUCAGCCUACCUGAUGUUCUCAUGACUCUUAACCAUCUCGCGUAGUGACAUGCCAAAACUGUUUUCUUAAGUGGAUGUGGCAUGUAUUUAAUACCCCUCGUUGAGGCCAUAGGUCCUUAAUAGUAAGUACACAAAAAGGAUGAAAUGCCUUCCUAAGUCCGUAGAACUGCAACGGGUUGUCUUCUUCCGUUCUUGUGUUCUGUAUUUGGGAGGAAAAUAAGCAGCGUGUGAGACUUAAUAUGAAUAAGUCAGAAUGUGGAGUUUGGAGGGGCCAUACCCAUGAGGCCUUGUACAAAAGAAGGCCCAUGUUUGCGACCACACAUAUGCCUACACAUGUCUGUUCUCUGCUUUGGGGAGGUUUUCUUGUAGCCAUCUCCUUUUCUGUGCUUCUCUGGUAGAACAUUUCAGGGUCAGUAGAUGAUUCAGGAGAAUACAUUUAAGAAACUGCAUCCUUUAUGGAGUCAGUUUGUAAAAUGCACUGUUCCUCUGAACUAGGCUUAACCAGAAAACCCUGUUAUCUCUGAUGGCAGUAACUUUUCAUAUGUCCCAAGGUUCUUCCCACCCUACAUAUUUCAAGUUUAAAUAGCCUCUGAUGAGAUGGGCAGAUAGAUCUGGCAAGGGAAAUUACUUAACCAUAUUCUGCCUGUUUGACUUAAUUUGUGAUGUCUGUUAUGAGUUAGUUGUUAUCAUGGAGUUUGGUUCCAUUUCAGAAUCUGGGUGGGGGGGUGUUUUCGGCUUGGCCUCGUGGAGAACUCUUGAGGAAAAGUUGUCUGCCCAGGGCUGUAGUAACUCUCAGAUGAGGCACAGGGUUUUAGAAGAGUCGGUUAAGGAGGGGCCUGGAGACACCCUCUCUCCAGGGACACCGUUAGCAGAUACAGACCACAGGCCCCCCGAGCACCUUUCCUUCUUCGAAAAGGUCGGUUUUAAAAUCUGCCAUCUCUUUGUUCCAGAUGUAAGUGUAGCACUGAUUCUUGCCCAUAUUAAUGGUGCUUGUGCUGAUAAAGUCAUCUCAUGAAAACAUAAUUUGGGUUCCAAAGAAAUCAAAUGCUUGCCAGAUUCUUGUCUCAUUUGUCCUGAGCUUGUCUCCCUGAUGUUGGGAGGGGACACCUCCAGGUCACUGCGGGGACGAGGGAGGCCAGGUGACCCUCGCAGGGCCACCCAGAAUAGAGAGCGGAAGCCAGAAACGGAAUGUGGAUCUAAUUACCUGGCGGGGUCUAGACCCUGUUAUUUCACACUAGAGCUGAGGAGGAGCUAAAUAUUUUGGCGUAUUAAAGAAGCAUUUUUAAUAUUUUUUCCUUCUGUAUGCAUUAUUAGUAUGUGGUUUGCUUCAUAUAACAAAAAUUUAUAUUAUAAGGAAAAUAGAAAGUAUGCGAAUCAAAUACAGGCUACUACUAUAGAAUAAACCAUCUUGAGGUCAGGAUGAAAAAAAUAACCAAGGCCAGACAGGGCAGGCUGUGGAAAAGCGGCCCAAGCCAGCAGGGGGCCAGGUGUGAGCCUUCUUUAGGUCUGAAGCCGUGCCGUGCUUAUUUGUAAUGAACGAGAAAUUCAGUCGAGACUGAUACUUGGCACGAAUUGCCCCUAAGCUUGUGAUGUGAGUAUAUGAAUUCACACAUUUAAAAAAAAUAAAUGGUUUCAGCUACUUUUCAUGAAGUAUAUAUAGCACUUGUUGGGGAUAUGAAAUUUAUGUAGUUUAAAAAGUCAAUAAACCUCUGUGAAGUGGCAGUCUGCACCGUAGGAACUUGAAUGGAUUUACAUAAAUUGCAGCGCUGAGGUAGUAUAUAAAGUAAUUAAUGCCAAUACGUUUUAAAAUGAGGCUGGAUUCAAGUUUUGGAGAAAGGAAGCCUGCAUUCAGCCUACUUAGGAAGUGCCUCACGCUUGCAUUCAGCCCCUGUUCCUCACAUACCUGGCCCUGUGUGCCACCCGCCUAAGCUCACACUCCCCUCUGCCUGCACCUGCCAGAAGCAGGAGGGAGCCUUGGCUCCAGGAGCUGCCCAGCCUGCUGCCCUUGCCAGGGUGUCCCAGAGCCUCGUGUAGGUUUGCCCGUGUGGGCGUGAAGUUGAGUCGCUUCGUUCAGAAGCCUUUCUGGGGACAGCACAUGGUUUUAAUCCCGGGACGUCAGUUACGGGUCCCGACUCUGCCCAGAGGGUAACAGAGUCGAGUAAGCAAAGUGUUUAGCGUCCAACAGCAGAUGGUUAAGAGCAAGGAGGUGCUCCCCAGCCAGGCCUCUGAGCUCUGCUUCUCAGCAACCGCUCCGUGCCUCAGUUUCCUCUUCUGUAACAGGGGACAGUACGACUCCCCACUCUAGGGCUGUGAGCAUUAAAAAUGUGCGUUUGGAACAGUGCCUUACACGCCCUGAGCACUGCCUAGAUAUCGACUGUCACUGUGUCUUCAUUUCAGAAACUGCCUCCUUCUCCCUCACUCAUUACUGGCUGUUGCCAGCCGCCGUACAUCGGCCUCUUAGCGCUCUUGACUGCAGUGCAUUUAGAAGCUAAUUUUGUUCAUUAGGAGCUAGAAGCUGUGCUAAGGGUAAAUUGCUCAGACUCAGUUCCUGAACUUGCACGUCCUGGGGGCUCAACAGCAGAAUACUGAUCGCGUGUUGAAUGGGCAGCCUCUGAAGAAGCGGGAGACUCUUGCUGGAAACGUUUUCCCAGCCACUCCCCUGUGAUCCUGCCGCAUCAGCCGUAGGAUGAGUCCAUGCUCUGCACGAGGUUGGUUCGUGCCUUCGCAGGUGCAAGGGCAUCAACGCCUGUGCAGCCCAGGACAGGUGCUGCUCCACGGGAACAAGCAGAGAGAGCCCUCCCCACCGGCAGCCUGGCGAGGCUAGCUCCUGGCAUUGGUUCCCUCUGUCUUUCUAAGUGACUGUGGCUUUUCGUAGUUUUUAACAAGUUUCUUAAGUGCUCUCAUAAAGCCACAGAAUGAAUGCAGUCUUUGCCGACUUUAGUUCCUCAAUCAGAAACACAAAAUCCCCCACGCUAGAGCAGAGAGCCUCAGUUCUAAGAAAAGGCAGAUUUUUCAAAACUACAACUUCAGGUAUAACUGUUAACAAAAGUGUUUCUAAAAAUAGCGGUGCAUCGAGAAGUGCUUUUCCAUGUAAAUUUUACAGUCCUGGUCAAAGUCACUGUUGACAAUGACGGCCCAUCUUUGAUUCAGACUCGAGGCUGGUGGUUUAUUCUGGUGGUUCUUCCUUUGGGUGAGGGACCCAGUCGGCCGGUCACCUGGCUGUCAUACCUUAGAUUUUCAGGGGAAAAAAAAGAGGCCUUUCAAAUGGACUUUUCUGGAUAAGGGCUGCUUACUCAGGAAACACAGCAAACAGGCUCCUUUGGGCUCAGUUGUCCCAAGAGGGGUCUUGCUUUCCAGGACCUGUGAUUGAAAGUAGUACAGGUGGGGUCCAGCGGACUGCUUCCCAAGCCUCAUUCAUUUUUCCGCUUUUCAGCCAACGAAGCGUUUCAUUCAUGCCCCGCGGCUCAGCCCUCGGCGCCUCUCGUUCUAAAAUGUUCAGAGUGAGGGCAAGUGUGGCAUUGGUUCAGGCCAGCUUCUGCUGAGCCUGGAGGCCUGGUACCUCGGCGCUGACCUCUCUCUGAUCUGCCUGGCUUUUUACACUUAAAGUUUGCCUUUUCAAAUAUAUCUCUUAAAUUUAGCUUCUUGAUGUCUAACUUUUCGUUGCACCUCAUGUGUAUCACAGUCAAGGAAGGCUUCCAAGGGAUAUUUUCACGUGUCAAAACCAGCGUGUGAUCACAUUAGCAAAGAGUAAAGGAUUAACCUCCCUGAAUAUUAUACUCAGUAUUUUUUUUCUGGGUAAAAAUGUUGGGUAGGGUAAGCUGCUGCUUUUGAAAAAGUUUUUUCUCACAGAUUUUUUUUUUCUUUUCUUUUUUUCUGUUUCCUUUUGUUUCGUUCUUUUCUUCUUUUUCUUGGGGGAAGGGUGGUGAGAAACAACAUUUUUGCCAUCUUAACCAUUUUUCAGUUCUGACAGAUUUCUUUUUGCACCCCAAUCUGUGAGAGAUUCACAGUGGUCCUCUUGGAAACCCAGCAGCAGAUUUUGUGACAGCUUCUCCUGUGAACUUGGCCUUGGGUUUGGGGUGAGCAAGGGGCCUGAUGGUCCCGUGGUUAGGACGGCCGCUGAGAAGCCCAAGCCUCCGGCCUCCGCAAAGUUGCCCAGGGAGAAGCUGGGGUAACACGUUUCCUUGGGGAAUUGUUCUGGCUGCCGGUGGCAGCCUUUCUCUUGUAACCACGGAGCUGGUAAUUAACGGAGCUCUACUUUCUAGUCCCCUGUAACCGAGGAACCACUCUUUGGUCUGCUCUGUGUGAAGCCUGCACAAAACCGCAAGGCCCUUUUGUGAGGUUUCUAGUGCCUGCACCGUGCUGGGCUGUAGGAUGUGACUGUGGGUUGGUACACUCUGUUCCAUAGGGGAAGGUGGCUUUUAGUAGAAUGCUUCCCCCUCUUCUUUUGAAGCGCUCUCGGAAAGUUGGUCAGACACCCACCUGCAAUUGAUCUUAGCUUCUCGAAGCAGAUUCAUUUACAGAGAGGACUACACCAUCCGCGUGUCAGUCGUAAAGAGCCCCUGUUCCUCUGGCGGAGCCCGCCCCAGAACUCACCUGUGAGCCAGUCAUUCAAAUCAGGUGUUUGCUGUUGUCUCUCAAGAACUGUACGUUCUUGUAAAGUAGACAUGCCUCAUUGCAGAGCUCCAGGGAGGGGAUGCCAGAGCCCGAGCAGUGGGUGAGAAGCGCCCAGCCACGGCCCUGCUUCAGUUACUGUCUUUAACUGGGUUCCGGCAAAGCAAAACAAUAUACCGUGGUUUCUCCAGAAAAUGUAAAAAGUAAAGUUCUGUCCUGUGUGACGGUUUUUGAAGGUUCACGUGCCUGCGACCAGGUGAGUAUUUCAUUCUUUUGGGUGAAACACAGCAGCUUGUUCAUUUGCAGUCAUCGAGGGAACUCAGGCAAAGGGGCCCUGGUUUGGUUCUGCUAAUUGUCUGUGCUUCGACGUCCCGGGAGUCCCCCGGCAGCCCUUCCGGAGGGACAUGGCUGGCCUCGGAGGAGGUACUUCAUUAUAGCACCCAUGGUCCGUGCUCCAAUUAAGGCCAUUUUACUGUCAUGCUUUUUAGUCGCCACAUUUAAUUCUUUUAAGGUGGAAAGCAGAAAGAUUGGGAAAAAAAAUAUCUUCUGAUGAGAAUGUCACAAGAGUUCAUGUGAGUCAUGGAAAUUGAGAUUUUCAUAAAUUGCAAUCCUAAACCAAAUGCUUGUGGUAGGGAGCCCGUGAUACGAGUCCAUAAAAUAUAUAGAUGUGAAAAAGAUAAUGUGAAAACUUUCACAAGAUACGAUUGGAAAGGAAAAGUGAAUUUUUAAACUAGAUAAUGGAAUGGUAACACUUUCAACAUAGUGAUGAAAUUGUGUCACUAGGGGUAGAAGUGUCACUGUCAAUAGAUAAGGAUAACCCAAACUUUUUCUAAUUAGGAGUUUAAUUCUACGUAAAAGGCUGUAAUGACUUGCAUUGAUACUCCAAAAUAGUUAUUUUAAGUCUUUUAUACAAAAAAAAAAAAAAGUCUUUUUAAUUAACAAGCCUGGUUUUAAAGACAAGCUUUGGAAUAAGUUUAAAAUAUUCAAAUGCGAACAUUGAGGCAGAAAUCCAUGGGUUGUCUCCUCUCUGGACUAGAAAACGCCCAUUUAAUCCUCCCCUUAUAGAUUUGUGCAGGAGAUUCUCAUGGGAAAAGUCAGUUUAUUCUUAGGGGUAGAGCCAAGAAGAUAUGGUUUUUUUAAUGAUAAUUCUAGCACUGUUUGAAGACAUUCUUCUGGUACUAGAUUUUGUUACUAACUCUCUAAAGGCUUUGGAAAAGAAUUUUGACUCAGUAUGCGAUUCUUUGUCAGAACAGGCUUGAUUUUCAUUUCUCAGGCUCUGUCAAGUGCACAGAUGUUUCCAAUAGUUCUGAUUACUCUGUGAGGGGCUGAACACUCAGCGCCAGAAAGCAAGUCUAGCUUCAUUCCUCUUGGCAGCCGCUUUCUCCCUUCCCACCCUUCCCCCACCCACAGAACACACCGCGUGGCUUUGAGCAGUCUGAAAAGUUCCUACAGCGGGAGAAGGAGACCAGCAGAGGCUGGUGAUGAGGGAGCACGUCUGAAGCGGAGCUUCCCGGGGCCGGGGGUGGUGACACGCGGGGACCACGUGCGCAAGCGGGCCCAGCAGACGGGCUGGGCCGAGGGAAGGCUCCGUAGGGGGUGCAGGCCUGAGGGGCCUCGGCAGGCUGGGCUCCCCACGGGGCUUGUUCAUGGGUCACGCUUUCCCCGGGAUGGGAAACAUUCCUCCUUUUCGUUACAGGGAUUAACCACUUCCAUAACGUGGGGUUUUACGAGGAAGAUUCUUCUCCGGGCUGGGCCUCUGCUGUUAACCUUUUAGCAUUAGCAUCUUCGACUGUUUACAGAGAAAUAUGUGAGAUAUGUGAGAUUCAGCAUAGUAACAUUUAGAAGGGGGUUAGUCACUUGGGGAAAAUGUCCUUUGUGACCCAGCAAAGACAAUUCCUUUUGUCGAUAUUUAUGCUUCAUUUUGGAAGAGUUUUGUUUUGUUUUGCUUUCUGUGGUUGUCAAGUGGACAUGUGUUUCUUAUUCUAAACAUCUGAACUUUCUCUGGAAAGACCAGGAGGGCAGUGGAGAGCAUGGAGCAUGACAGAGGGCCGGCAGGCAGCCGAGGACACUGCAGGGCUGCGAGCCCGGGUAGGAGUCAGUUCUCUGCCGGGGGUGGGGCUGGGCGGCCUCUCUGGAACAGGAUGUUUCCCGGCAGCGGGCCCGGCCGCCCCUUCCUCCUGCACAUCGCAGCUCAGCCCAGCGACCGUCUUCUCUUCUUCUGUGGUCUCCGUGCUGAUGCCCAAAGCGGGGACAGGAAACACACAGGCAGAGUUCACUCCCGAAGUCACAGAGGAAGAGCCCAUGUUUUGUUUUGGUUUUCAAGCAGCUCAUUUUUACAGCAAACCUAUCUUACCUUUUUCACUUCAGCAAAUGUGUGACCGCUUGCUGGGUACAAAGCACCGCCCGAGGCAGCUUUGGGAGAAGCCUGCAGCUAGCUUCCUCUUACAAGCUGUGCGCCGGCCCUUGGCACUUGGGGGCUCACACACUGGGCAUGGGAAGGUCGCAGAAGAAUGACACAAACCUGCUUUCUGGUGCCGGGGACAGACACACACACACACAACCCAAAGCCUGGCUGGUGUCAGACUUGAGACGUAAUUUGUUUAAGGACAGAGUGGUAAGGACGGUAGACAGGAGCAGCUUCUCAGAGGGAUUUGACGGGGGCUGAGACGAGACCAACUGGGGAGGUGGGGGCUCCAAGCAGAAGGGAUCAUGGGCACAGGGCGUGCAGGACCCACCUCAGAAGGAGGACAUGGCCCCUCUGGGCCGUGAAGCACGGGAGAAGCAGCCGAGCCUGCCCCGGGAGGCGGGCUAGGACCUGGUUACGGGAACUUUGCGUCUUAUACUAAGGAAUGUGUGUCUAAGGUUCUUGCAUAGGAGGAUGGCAUGUGUGAACAUUUUAAGAAGGUAACUCUGGCAGCGGUGUUCAGGUGGUUUGGAAGGAAAGCCUGGAUCGGGCAGGGCACUCAGGAGACCAGUGCAGAAAUCCAAAUGAAGUGAUUGGUGUGGGCGUGCUGAGGAAGGGAGGAGUCAGAAACACAUUCUAGAGUCCCUUUGACCGCGUUUCGGGGGUGCAAAGGAGUGCGGUUGACUGUGAUACCGUUACCCAAAAGGCAACGCUGGAAGAGAAACAGAUGUGAGGGCGAGUAAUGAGUCACGUCCCAGACUCACUGCUUUGAAGGGCUGGGGAAGCAGCAGGCCCGGGUGCCUGCUUGGAAGCGCCCAGCACGGAGGGUAUGGUGUGCAGCCUGAGCCUGGGGCUGCCCGGAUUGGAGGGGCAGAGGGGGUGGGCCUAAGACGGGGAGCUGGUCACAAGAUCCUCCUGUGGGAGGGGUGAUAAUGAGCAUCCCUGUGAGCUGUCCCCAGCGAGUGUACAGUCUAAGGGAAGAUGAACGGCAAGCAGUCACGAGAAGGCCCCGCACCUGUUUUCCGAGCAGGAUCAUGGCGUUGAUGCUCUUCACAGAGUUCCUGGGUGUGCUUCAAAGGGCCGAGACUUAGAAGAGUUCGGACAGAAGAUGGGAGUGAGCGGAGAGGAGAGGAGAGGAGAGAGGAGGGA